AUGGCGACCUUCUCCCCAUCGCCAGGUCCGCGCAGAAACUAUGUCGUACCCCCUACUCGUUUACGACAUUCACGGCUCGCCACUCCACGGGCGGCGGCAGAUCCAGAUGACUCUAUGGAGGAUGCUAUAUCUGUUGCUUCGGCUUCCGUAGCAGGGAUGGACGUUGACGAAAUCGCCUCGAUUGGGGGUACUGCUAGCCCGUCACGAUCCACCCUUGGAGGACCCAGGUUGAAAGCGGAGACUGUGUACGCGAAGAGCGAGGAGCUCAAAGUCGUGUUCUACGCGCACUUGCCAAUCGAGGUCAAGCAAGUGCUGAGAAACGCCGAUUUCUUACGGGAUGCAUACACAGGUGGCAUUGACGUCGCCACUGGGUUUGCGCUCAUCGCUUCGGCUCAGACGUGUUUUGCGUGGCAACACAAUCAAGCCCUGGCAGGCGCGCCUACUUGUUACAUCUUCCCAUGCCCGCUUGACCCGACUCAGACAUGUGCCCCACUGCAUGCCUUCAUCCCGUACUCCACCUCUCGCGAGCCGGGACUUAUUCUUAUCUCGGUGAACGGUGAAGUAAGGUGCUGGGAUAGCGUCGGAAUCGGUCUGGCGGGUGGCGAGUACUAUUCAACCAUUGUGCUGGGCUUGGAUGCUGGAGAAGAAGUGACAGUAUUGACAAGGGCCGAGCCUCAAACAUAUGUAGCCGCCACCUCACUUGGCCGCAUCUUCCACCUCAACCUUACAUCCUCCGGGGGACGUUCGACCCUUUCUGCACACCCCUUUUCCCGUCCUUCAUCUGGCAUUCUCUCUCGCUUGUUGUUCUCGUCCUCUUCCCCCCUCACUGAACCAGGAACUAUAAACGCAAUCUGCAUAGGGGAACGGUCCGCGGCGGGCAAAGAUGUGUGGGCGCUGAUUGACACUCGACUGCAGAAGUGGAACAUGAGUGACGAAGGGUGGGAAGAACUACUGACCGAUGAAGAGCUCGCCGAUAUCAUUAGGCCCGCACUGAGGGACACGCUGGGUAGUGCAGCGGCGGUUGGCGACGAUGCCCGUAUGGACCUCGAGCUACUGGACCUCGCCAUUGAACGAACAGGUCAACUGGUGAUCUUGGUUUCGUUCGCCGGCGUAGAGGACAGUUACGUGGUGGGGCAGGGAAGCUCCCCGAGGAGAAUAUAUGCGAUCGUACGAGUAGCGUAUAGAGCGGGAGAGGCGAAGGUGCAAAAAAUAGGCGCCGUGCCGUACCAUAGCACAUCUAGUUCUGGUGCACCCAUGCAUCCUCGAAUGCAGGUCCCUCCUGGAGGAUCACCUAUCAGCAUUCAGUUUGGUGACGCCGUAGCUUUCGUUGCACGAGAUUCGGAGUACCAAGACCGGUUGUCGCUCAAAUCCUUCUCCGAUCGCACGCUUGGUCUGGCGAUAGGAGAGGAUGAAGGAAGCUCGUUGGUGCUGACGGCUGGCGUGAUGAUGAAAGCUACGCUUGACAUGGAGCGUGUCAACGACUUCGAUUCUGAGACGGGGAAAGCGCGAUUGAUCAAGAGUAUCAUGACACAGGGUAUUCUGUACGGCGCGAAUCCUCAAAAUCCUCUUCACUUCAGCCUACCGCCGGAAGUGGACGAAGAAAGUCUGAUGUCUGCUGCUGAACAACUCAGCCAACAAGUGCUUGAGUCAGACAUCGAAAUUGUCAGGUCCGGACAUGAUUUGAUCGCGCAAAUGGAGCAUCGAGCGAGCAGGCUUGUGUAUUUGUGCGAGUUUAUCAACGUGAACGGCGUAUUGCCAAAGGCAGGUUGUUUGACCAAUUUUAUGUCUCAAAGAAGUAGACAAAGGCUGUGCACGGACAGCGAGAAGUUGUUCGCCGCGAAAAGUCUGUGGGAGCAACACAACGAGCUCGUAGCGUCUGGGCACCGGAACACCGUCCUGGAGGAGGCAAUAUACUCGUAUAUGGCUGACGUCGGUGAGGGUCACCAUGAGGACUUGAUGCGCGCGUUUUUCCGCUUGAAAGUUGCAGACCUGGGCAAAAUCCUGCCCAAGGUGCUGGAGAGUGUUCAGAAGUCUGCCUAUAAUAUGAACAGGGCCACGGUGACCGUGCUGCCAGAAGCCAAUCAUAUCCUUUGUGUGAUCCUGCAAACGGGGUGGGAAUACCGAAGAGACAAAGAGCAGGCGUAUGGAGUUGAAAAACCUAUGAUCAAUCCCUGGACGAGCACCGCGGCAAUCGUUGAGGUUGUGAGGGAGCUGUUUGACAUCACGACACAGGUUGUGGAGUCCCCGGCGUCCGCCGCAGACAUCAGUCAGGUCCGAGCGGUACCGUUGUCACAGUUGCCCAGGCUUGCAAAAGUCCUAUUCCAAUGUUUAGAUGAACGCAUACAGUGGCUUAGGAGUCCGAUAGCCGCAGAGGACCCCGCCGCGAAGCGUGACUGUCAACUUCUCGAGGAAAGCUUCAAACAGCUCCGUCCCCAUGUAUUGGAGACCCUUCGGCGGAAUGAGCACGCGGACACGGCUUUCGCGCUGGCGGAGGAAUAUCAAGACUUCCGCAACCUGGCCGCACUGUGUCACAAGGAUACUGUGUAUCCGCCGCAUCAGAACCCGCACGCCUUGCGAAUUCAAGAAUACGUGCAACGUUUCCAAGAGGCAUUCACAAAAGAACUCUUCCAGUGGUACAUCGAGCAUGGCAAGUUUUCUGCAAAUGAUAACAUCGUUGUGUCAGAACAGUACGGCCAACAUAUUGACAGAUUCUUCGAGGAGCACCCUCACCGCUCUAUAGCCUGGAUUCAUGAUCUGGGCACACGCAACUAUGCUCCCGCGUCGCUCGCACUUCUAGCAGAGGCGCAGAGCGCGACAGAUCUGGAGUCGAAAGAGCUUCUUUUGAGCAUUGGCAAACUCUCUCAUCUCGCGCAGUUGCACGAAGCCGAAGGGUCUAUCGACGAGCCGACAUUGAAUGCAUUCCACGAUCAACUCGACCUCGUCAGUGUCCAUGAGGUUUUGUUGCGCGACUUGAAAACAGCUUUGGUGGGCUUGCGAGGAAAGCAGUCUCUUGAAGCGCAAGUGCAAGCAAUUGCAUCCAAACACGCAUCCAAACUGUCGGAAAAAAAGGCGCUGUUGCAGGUGUUCAAGCAACUCGUGCGGCAAUUACUGCAAGGACGGGUAUUGUCCAUCGAGGAUAUCGUGGACGUUUUGACCUUGAAGGACAAUACGGACUCUGUGGAUGAUUAUGCCACUGCACUGCAUCUUCUCGCUCGGGAACACACUCUGCCUGCGGGAAGAAGAUUGAUGGCAUUCAGGAGUACAUGGCGACGUAUCUUCAACCACGACGACUGGACCUACAUCAGACAGACCGUCGGCGUGAGUGACUCCGAAAUCAGCGAACGUCUACAAAAUACCGCGCUCUGCGCUGCACUACGUGCUACGCUCGCCAAACCGUAUCAUCCCCCCGGAUAUAUCUUACAACCCGGCGAAGCCCUCCCUGUCCCAACGAUGGCUGAGCUCGAAUCGCGGUGGCCUGGGACGGCACCUGAACAACUCGAGGAGAUCCAGAAGGAUUACACGUUGGAAAGCGAUGACCUCGGGGAACUGGAGCUCGAUGACGUGUACGAGCGAGCACGAGAGCUGGCGGCGGCAAGUCUCGACUUGUGA